UGACCGACAGUUGAAACCCCUCGAGCGCACCGCUAUAACCUCUCUCCGGCGUUUUUUUUUUUUUGCGUCUCCGGCUAAAAUAUAUACAUACAUACAUACAUAUAUAGUAUAUAUAUCCAUUUACAUAUACAUGUAUCUAUAUCUAUAUAUGUUUGUAUGACAAUUAGGAUGAAAAGACACUGAUGGUCAAGACUACUGGGAACACAGCUCGAUUCUGAAGUUUGUUUGUUUGUUUUUUGUGCCUAUUAUCCAACAGCAGACGGUAAAAACCUACCCGGGGAUCUUAGGACUGUUUUUUUUUUUUUUUUCCUUUUCCUUUUUUUUGCGCUGUGAUUUUCCUGAUCCAGCACACAGCUCAGCAAAGUUACAUCACUUUACCCAGACGCGAAAUCUGACAGGUCCAAGUCAUGGGAUUAUUCUCUUUCUGUGAUGUGGAUUGUACAGGCGUUUGAUCAGAAGAAGCGCAGUGCGCGUCGGGACCAUGUGAGCGGAUUCGCGUCGUGGCUUCUGACGUUCCUGGAUAUUUUAAAAAGCAUCGGCAACAGUUGAACCUUCCAUCUAUUCCCCUCGAUCCCCUUAUACUCUCUUUCCAUCAGGUGUAUUUAUCACGUGGGACCAAAAUGGGACUGUAGUUCUCCUGAUUCCUCCCCCCUUAUUCCCACAUCUUCAUCCAUGUCUGCCCUGAUUUCUGAGACUCUCUCUGAUGCUUUUGUACAACUUCGCCUAUCGUACGAUAGGAUUUUAAUCCGACUUUCACGUUGCGCCAUGUCCAUCAUGAACUUGGCCGUGCGCUUGUUGCAGUUGUUUUGCGUCACGCUUCUUUAUUUCUCAGCUGUCAAGAGUGCCUAUAUCCCCAAAGAGAAUGGAGGAAGCACAAAUGAGGUCGUGCCCUUUACCGAAGUCUACAAUAAGUCAAUGUGUCGGCCGCGGGAGGUGCUGGUGGAGGUCCAUCAGGAGUAUCCCGAGGACAUCGAUCACAUCUUCAUUCCGUCCUGUGUGGUGCUCAUGCGCUGUGCCGGCUGCUGCAAUGACGAGAUGUUGGAGUGCACACCCACAGCCACACGCAACAUCACCAUGGAGGUACAAAAAUUAAAACCUCUGCGCAUCAAACGCAACUAUCCAAUGAGUUUUGCAGAACACAUUGAAUGUGAAUGCAGAGUAAAGAAAGAAAUACUGGAUAAGACAGAACAAAAACCCCGGAAAGGCAAGGGGAAAGGUCAAAAGGGAAAGCGAAAGAAAAACCGCGAGAAAACGCGGGAUUUGUCCCCCUUGUGCCACCGAAACAGCUCUGAACCAAUGAGGCAUGGACUGAACAUGGACAUGGCAUCUGGAAUGAAGACAUUAGCAGUUGUGAGUACUCACUGUAAACCAUGCUGCAGUACAUGUUCCGAGAGGAGAAGAAGGCUAUUCAUUCAGGAUCCUGAAACGUGCCAGUGCACCUGCAAACACUCAGAAGCUGACUGCAAGCAAAGGCAGCUUGAACUCAACGAGAGGACUUGCAAAUGUGACAAGCCGAGGAGAUGAACAGCCGAUAUAUAUACAUAUACGUGUGUAUUUUUUUCUGAGAAACACUAAUAAUUAAUAGCACCGCACUUUGAACCUUCAUCUUAGAUCUGUCAACCCUGGACUCUUGAAGCAUUCCCCUCGACCGAGCAAGUGUGAGCGAGCAAGUCUUCCCCCUGUAAAAUACACCGUAUUGUGUACCUGCAAGUAAAGAGAUGAGCGACUGAAAAAGACAAGUAGAAUUGCUGCUAACCUGCUACCUGAGGUUCGGCCGUGUCAGUGCUUUUGCUGCAGAAAGCGAGCCAGUAUCACUGGAUUAGCCAUGUUUGAUUUUUCUUCUUCAUCAUCAUCGUCGUCGAUAGACAACGGAUAUAGAGACAAUAAAUAAGACAGAAAUCGAACCGUGCACGAACGAAUACCCGGAGUUUGUCACGACGUCAACAUGUUGCGUCUCGUCGAUCAGCGGCACGUGAAACCUAUAAACCGACAGACAACCCCAGAUCUUGUUUUAUCUGCUUUUCUCAAGACAUGCCACUUAUUUCAUAUGGAAAUCACUUUACUUAGAUUCUAUGACUUGACUUCAUUCUCUACUGAACGACAAAUGACUACUUAAGAUUAUUACACAUUAUGGUCACUUUUAUCUGUUAAAAAAAAGUGUGUGUAUUUUUUUUUUUCCUUUUGUCAUUCAGAAUACAGUGAAUCACAACAUGGUGAACCCAAACAACACAAGGUCAUUGAAUGUUUAUUAAUAUCCAUUUUAGCAUAUGACCCCCAUCAAGUCCAUAAUUUAUAUUUUUAGUAUUCUUCCUGUUCAUAUUUAAUUGGUUCUAUUUAUGUGCAGUGUUAUAUUCUGAUCUCUUUCUAAUAUUGUUUUCUGUUAAUUUUACAGAACGAAAGUGCGUACAUUCCCAUAGAUGAUUGUUUGUUUGUUUUUUUUCUUCUUCUUUUUUUGUUUCGAUUCGCCUCGAAAGUUUUUCUCUUCAUAUAUAUAUAAGGGUUGUGCGGUUUCUGAAAAGGCGAAAAAAGAGAGAGAGAGAGGUAGUAUGCUGUAUGCGAGACAGGGAAAAUAAAAAAUUAAACAUGAAUCUGUUUGAAAAUCGUUUGACCUGUAACACUAAAAUAUACCCUAAAGGAAAUCAUAGGCUACCAAACACCUGCGACCUUUUUAUUUAACUGUUGUCAUAUAGAAGAGGCUGCCUGCAUUUCAUUUAUUUAUUUACUCCCUGUAAAUAUGUCUAGAUUUAAGUUCCUUUUUGUGUUUGUGUAAAGUAGUAAAGUAUAUUUAUUUUCAAAUUA